AGAGAUGCUGUUGCCAGGAAACAGCAGCCACAUAGAGGACGACAGAAAACAACUGCAGGAUUAUCCAGCAGAGUAAAGGAUACGGAGACCAAAGCUCAUUUCCCCCAAGUUACUGUAGGAACAAUUACACUGGUGCCGUGGAGGAUUUUAUUUAAAGGGAAACGAUUUGGAACUGAUAAAAAUUGUGAGGUUGUACAUGAAUACACAUGAGGACAAAAAUGGAAGCUAGAGAGAACGACCAUGGUGCCAGAGCAGAUGCAUUCCCAUUAAAGGAAUUUUGUCUCUUGGUGGGUUGAGAAGAGGGCUGUGGGCUCAUUCGUCACGGCCAAUCUCUCUCCAACAAAGGUGGCCGGAGCAGGAGGAGAGGAGGGGUGAUCCACAACAGAGGUCUCCCCUGUCUUCAGACACCUGCUGCCUGCUAGUUGCUGACACUUAGGACACUGUAGGACUGUGUCUACUUUGCAUGAGUGUAUAUGCAUAUAAAUUAAUGAAAGACAGACUGACCCAUGCUUCUCAGUUGAUAUGGGAGAUUCUUGCCUGAAAUCCUUGCAACUGUGACCAAGGAGGAAAAAGACACUCAGACAUAGACCUGAGGGAGAUUUGGAUCUCUCACCGUUCAUAUCCGUGUUCUUCCCUCUGAGGGAUGGGCACAACGGAAGCAACUCUACGAAUGGAGCACAUGGAAGUAAAAGACGAGUGGCAGGAUGAAGACUUCCCCAGGCCUCUUCCAGAGUACGGAGAUAUGGACCCCUCCUGUGGACUCACAGACAACAGAGUCUCUCCUCCUAAUUCCUUACACAUGAGCCCACCUGGAGGAGGAGGUGGCGUGGGUUCGUCUCACCGCAAACGCCGCACCCUGGUGGCCCCUGAGAUGAAUCUGUCCUUGGAUCAAAGUGAAGGUUCUCUGCUAUCAGAUGAUUUCCUGGACACCCCAGAUGACCUGGACAUCAAUGUCGAUGACAUUGAUACCCCAGAUGAAACAGAUUCACUGGAGUUCAUAACCAACGGCAAUGACCUUGAGUGGGAAGAUGACACCCCGGUGGCUUCAGCCAAGGCGGGUCCGGGUGGAGGCUCCGGAGCGCCGGCUGAGGAUGGGAACGCAAACAAUGGGCGACUGUGGAGAACUGUGAUCAUCGGAGAACAGGAGCACCGUAUCGAUAUGCAGAUCAUCAAACCGUACCUCCGGGUCAUCACACAUGGAGGUUAUUAUGGAGAAGGCCUGAAUGCCAUCAUUGUGUUCUCUGCUUGUUACCUGCCUGACAGCAGCUGUCCAGACUACCACUAUAUCAUGGAAAACCUCUUUCUAUAUGUGGUCAGCAGUCUUGAGAUGCUGGUGGCCGAAGACUACUUGAUCAUUUACAUGAAUGGAGCCACCCCUCGGAGUAAGAUGCCUGGAAUCAGCUGGCUGAAAAAAUGCUACCAAAUGAUUGACAGAAGGUUGAGGAAGAACCUCAAGUCUUUGGUCAUCGCUCAUCCUACAUGGUUUAUACGCACAGUUUUGGCGAUAUCCAGGCCUUUCAUCAGUGUGAAGUUCAUGAAUAAGAUCCAGUACGUCCACAAUUUGGAUGAACUUGCAGAGAUUGUUCCCAUGGAGCACGUCCAUGUUCCCGAGUGUGUGAUGCAAUAUGAUGAAGAAAGGAUUAAAGCCCGGAGGGAAAGGAUGGAGCAGGAGCGGCGACAGCAAGAGCAGCAGUCAGUCCCACAGGGGCCAAUUAAAAACUCUGUGAGGCCAAAAUCAAUGAUUGUGGAGCAAUGAUUAUGAGAAGGACAAGACCUUGAAUGUGCAGCCUGCGGAUUGCACUUUACAGCUACACACUACAGCAACCUGUAUGUAUGUAUGUAUGUAUACCUUCAAGGUAUGCAUACCUUGAAGGUAUACAUAGUGGUAGCAAUGUUAUGCUGUGGGGAUAAUUUUCCUUAGCAGGGAUGGUGUUCAUGGGUCAAUGCUAAUAUAACACACCACAGGAGCAUUUCACCGGCUCAGACUGGCUUCAGACAGUUUGAACUGGUUUUAACCAGCAGCCUGAGAGAUAGACUGUAAACAAAACAGCAAGAUGCAACUUUCAAAAUGUCAUACAAAGACGAAUGAGUAGUGUCAAAAUGUUGCCAAAGAAAAUGAUUCAUUUUCAAACAAAAUCUACUAUUCUAUGCAGAGACUGGUGAACAGUAAGCUGUAACAGAAUGAAACAAAUCAUGCUCAAUUCUUCAGCCCUGUCUCCACCAAUAAAAAAAUUAUUGGGAUAGUUUUAAAGCUUCAACUAGCUGUUAUUUUACCUCAAACAACGAGUGAUCUUUGAUCCCCAGAACUGUGACAGCCAGUAAUGCAACCAACAAAGAGCCACUGCUGUCCUAAACACAGUAAUAGCCUGAGCCAUUAUGUUUUAUUGUUCCCUGUUUCUUUAAAUGUUGCAAAGCUUUGAAAAUGAAAAGCCUUCCCCACCCAACAAAUCCACAGACCUCAGCACUGCAUAAAAACACACAAAAGCCCAAGCAUUACCAUUGUUACCACCAUGACAGCAUAUUUUUGUUGUUGGAGAGUCCUGCACAGGCUUCAGCAAAAAUGUCCUGUUUAUUAUGGAGAACCAAUAUUGACAUAAAAAAUCCACUUUAACUUCAUACCAGGAUAUGUAAGGCUUGCAAUUACUCCCUCAUCUGUAUUUUGUCAUUUGUACAGUCAGACUUGUUUAGUUAUUUUUUUAUAAAGAUGAAAUAAAUAGAUUAAUGGAGUCAAUUAUUGCUAAUUUCUUGCAUGGAAAGGAUCAUGCAGAUUUUGCAUACAUCUUUAAAAUCUGUGUUUUACUUUCCAACAUUUGUUUGUGUGCAUACAGGGGGUGACAGAGAGAGAUGUCUAGCAAGUUGACACUUCCUCCCUUAUUUUAUGCAUAACCAGCUGAUUUCUCAUGUUGUUCCCCAGUCAAAAGGAGAACAACUCUGUCAUAUGAUUUUCAAAGUGGGAUACUUUCCGGGUUGAAAAUGUAAAACAACAAGUGGCUGUUCUGUUACAGAAGCUGUUUUCAUUGGACGUUGUCGCUGCCUGUUGCAGGACCUGAUUUGGGAUUCAUAUUGAAUUGCUGGACCAUGAUGAAGCAUUUAAUUGUCUUUGUUAUUUUUUCAGUGAUGUAAUUUAUGUUAAGAAAGAUUAUCACUCUCUCUGACUUAAUAAUAAAGCAUAAAUCAGAGUAACUGAAAAAAUGCACUUUUUAAAGCUCAAAAUGUAGAGUGCUUCUACAACUUCAGUGGCAAAAAUUUGAACAUUUUUAAGAUGCAACGUGUUGGGAAGAAAGAUUUUAUGUGAGAGCACCACUAAAACAAACUGCUCUCUCUUGCUGCAGGUUUUUGAAGAUAUAAUUGUGUCAGAUGUAGCAAAGUGAAAGAAGCCUUCAUCUCUCUUUCUUUUUACCUCGUAGCUGCUGUAUCUUUAAGGCCUUUCCAAGCUCUGUCUUAAUUGUUCUGAUAUUUUUAAAAAGUCCAAAUACACUAACAUUUCUUUAUGUCAGUCUUUUCUCUUUCUGGCCUCAGUUGCUAUGUGAACUAUUACUUGUAGUGUAUUGUGUACUAUGAUGUGCCUGCAUUGUACUGAUAACUACACAUCAGCAUUUUCUAAUGUAGAAAAUCCACAUUUGAAAAAGAUCUAUAAGACAAAUUAACAGUACCAUAGUUAGUUUGUAGGUGAGAGCAAACUGCAGACAGCAGACAGGGCAAACCUUUAAGUAAAAUGUUCACUUUGCUUCCUUCCACAUUCAUGUUUUUAUAGACUGAACAGAUACUAACACAAUACAUGCAGAGAUUCCACUUUAGAUUGGACAUGGGAAAUAAAAUACAUCAAAUUUCUUUCUAAUGCAUUUCUUUUAAGAUGCCAGUUUUCUGCUUAGACUUAAAAUCACUAUGUUGCAAAAAGUAUUUGCUCACCUCCUUUUGCAGACAUUUGAAAUUGUCUUCCUAUUCCUAAUCCAUGGGGUUUAAAAAGAUUUCAGAGCACCUUUCGCAUCUGUAGCAGCUUCAGAUCAUCUGGGAAGACUUUACAUAAGGUUUAGAUAUGAUUUUAAGGUAUUUUAGACCAUUCUUCCCACAUUGUAUUACUGAAGUCAAACACUACUUAUGGAGAAUACCUGGCUUAAUUCAUAUCAGAGCUGUUCUGUUGGGUUGAGUGGAUUCAUAACUCCAAAGCACAAGUAUUCACUGCUCUAGAGUCUGGUGUUGGCUUGCUUCACACCACCACUACUGAGGUUUUUCAUCAUCUUUGGUUCUGUAACACAUGGGUGUAGCUGCUUGUUCAUGGAGACCCACUUCACAAAGCUCUCUAAAUGAAGUUUUUGAGCUAAUCUUUAGGCCACAUGAUAUUUGGAGGUCUGUAGUGACUGUCUCUGCAGAAACUGUGACCUUCAGCAUCUGCUAUCCCCUCUCUUUGAUUACAAGACUUGCCACAUCAUGGCCAUUUUUGUAUAACACCAAUAACAGCUGACUGAUGAGUAUUUAGUAGAGAGAAAAUAUCACACUCGGAUUGACUGUACACCUUGAAGCGACCUAUUCUUUCACAAAUGUUGAAAGAAGCUGUCUGCAGGCCUGGGUCCGGGAUCGUGUUCACCUGUGGCUGUAAAAGUGGCUGAAUCACCCAACUGCAAGGAUUUGAUGGGGUGAGCAAACUCUAUUUGCAAUAUUUUGUAUUUGUAUUUAAUCUUAGAUAAGUAAGACUUAUGCAGCUUGGAUUUUGCCCAUAUGGAGAGUAUCAACUUCAACUUGUUUUAAUUAAAAGCAGAGAUAAUGAAACAAGAUUAAACAAUUAGAAAAUCCAUUUUAUUGUUAUGUUUUCUGUGUUCACAGUCUCUUUAAAUAGGGGACGAGAACAUUCCAACCACAUGCCUGGUAACGUUUGUGUUUUUGAUGUUGAUUUGCACUACUGCGUUUGGUUCCUUACAGAAUGUUACUGUUUUAUGUUCAAUGUCUGUCUUUUAAUCGCGUUGUGAACAUAACCCAUGUAUUUAGGCAUGUUGCAUAAAGUAAACAGUUUUUAAAAAAUUCAGUUCACAUUCUGUUAACUUUUUUAACCAGGAAUUCUGCAUAAAGGGUUAAAUAUUUCUUUUUCAAUGUAUCAUGUUUUCACAUUGUUUCCAAAAUAGGCUGGUUUUGUGGCUGAACAGAGUGCCUGUUGAACUCGAAUGAAAUCUAAAUAGAUACCAGAAUGUAAAGUGAAGCAUUUUGUAUUUUCUUUUUUAUUUAUGAUGCACCAAUGCCAUGAGAAAUGCUGGCAUAAACCUGCCCUAUAGUUCUUCUGAAAUAAAAAUCCUAAUUUUCACUGUAAAAGCACAAAACAAACACAUGUCUAUCAUUAUACUGUAAAUUGUUUGCUCAGAUUAAAAUGAUCACAUGAACUCUCACUUGUUAUGGUCUAAAACUGGCUGUAAAUAUGGCAAAAAUAAAAAUAAAUCCUUCAAGGUU